AUGCCGGAGAUAUCUAAAGACUGGCUCGAGUACGAGGCCACUCAUGGAGGACGUUUCUGCCUCACUGGAAAUGCCGAGGAGAUCAUUGCACAAGUGCAAAAGCUGGCUACAGCAGUUGGACCUCCGCAGCGCAAUACGGAUCCAAAUCUUCAGAUUUAUGAUUCAUCCGCCUCAUCUGUUCCAAUCAGAGUAUACAAGCCAGUCAAUUCUGAGAAAAUUCCACUCUGCAUCUUUUCUCACGGCGGCGGCUUUAUAGCUGAGGAUCUUGAUUCUGAAGAUGGAUUCUGCCGAUGGAUUGCCAAAUCCACUCCUUGCGUCGUGGUGUCGAUUGACUAUCGUCUUGGGCCAAAGUACAAAUUGCCAACCAUGCUUGAGGAUGUCAUCACUGCAUAUGAUUGGGUGCGGGAUCCAUCCAACCGGUUCGUAACAGAAAAGACCCAAAUUUUUGCCAUGGGAGCCUCCGCUGGCGGAGCACUGUCUCUGUCCCUUGCAAACCACAUCUCUGAGCAGCGUAAAGCUGGUAAUCCUGUUACUCGCCUUGCAGCCGUCAUCGCACUUACACCCGUAACCCUCCAUCCUCACCAUGUAGUCCCUGAGUACCUCGACGUGUACAAAUCAUAUCAAGAGAAUGGCACAGAUGUCCCUAUUAUGGACGCUGCUGCCAUGAUGACUUAUUUCGAGGCUGUGAACGCAGUACCAAACGACUCGUCCAUCUUCGCUGCGUUGUCCCCAAAUCUUCAAGACUUCCCGCCAACAUACAUUGCUACGUGUGGAGCCGAUCCUCUUCGAGACGAUGGAGUGGUGAUGGCUAAAAUGCUGGAGAAGGCUGGUGUACCAACCAAGCAUGACCACUACCCUGGUCUGCCGCACAUCUUUUGGAUUUUUCCCGAUUUCGCCUUGAGUCGCGUGUUUGCCGAGAACUUGACGAUGGGAAUCAAGUUUGUUUUGACAAGGAAGUAA